UCACGAAUACUACAUUAAAGCGUGCUUUUUAAGAUAACGUUCUAUGUAUGACGUGUCUGCCACUCAAGAUUAGUGCGCCACCCUCAGGCUGAAUUAUGCAAGAACACCAGACCUCUGUCACCAUUCAGACAUUUUAACAUAUAACUCGCUACUAGCAAUCAGUCAUAGGUUAGUCAUAGAGCCUAUAGGAGCCAGAAUCUGCCGCAUCUAAAUUCAUGAUCAGGAACCGCUGCUGCUCAAUCAAUGAGUUCAGGAGUGGGGCGAUCAAUCGAAAGUGAAAGUGCAGGACUUGUAAACCAUUUUGAUGAAGCUCUGCUGUCACUCCGUGCCGUGAACACAGAAAUCUGAGCGGAAUUAAGAACAGUUCUGACCUAUUUGGACCGACAACCGAGUCAGAACAACAGACGUGAUGCUGCGAACUGAGGACCAUCUUCAGAUCCUGCUGAUCGGUAAAACCGGUUCAGGUGUGAGCGCUUCUGGAAACACUAUCCUGGGUGAAAAUGUGUUUCAGUCUGGGCGGAGCCUGACCUCCGUCACUGACAGAUGCCAAAAACACACAGCUGAAGUGUCAAACAGAAGAGUUACAGUAACUGACUCUCCAACUUUCUUCAAUACAAGAAACAUUGAUCUGUCUGCAGAGAUUAAGAGAGGACUGAACAUUUGCUCUCCAGGAAUACAUGCAAUCCUUCUGGUUUUCCCUUUACACACUUUCACUCAGCAAGAUGCAGAUACCAUGUUCUUAUUCAAGCAGAUGUUUGGUGAAGAUGCUAUAAAACACACAUUAGUCCUGUUCACACAUGGAGAUGAGCUUCAAAAUAAUUCAAUCGAUCAACUCAUUAGACGCAAUGCACAGCUGUCCAAACUAACAGAGGAGUGCGGAGGGAGAUUUCACUUACUGAACAACAAAGAUCUGAACGACAGAGAGCAGGUCACCAAACUCCUGAUGAAGAUCCAACGAAUGGUGUCUGAAAACGAGAACAGCUGCUACACUUCACAAAUGUUUGAGACGCAAUCACGCAAAAUAUUUCUGCAGAGAUUUACAAAGCCAGAAUAUCUGUUUGCAGUCAGUGUUGUCAUUGUGUUUGCAUUGGGUUUUGUUAAUAUGAGGAAUGAAGGUUAAUUUAAUGUUAUAACAUUCCUGCGUGGUUGUGCUGGUGGUGUAAACUUUUAUUUACAAAGCACCUUUCAAAGUAACAAAUCUUUACAAUAAAACGAUCAGUACAGUAACAACACAAAAAAUACCAUGAAAAUUAAGAAAAAGCCAUACGAUAAAAAUCCUGUCAUAUCUUAAACAGCACAUUUUGGAUGUCUUCCUAAUCAAACACACAUCAACUCAGUCAGCUCAUUGUCAGAUAAGAGAGACAUUCAAAACAUGUCCAAACGUCCAGGACCAGAGCACUGACCUAAAAUAAAAACUGAGAUACACUCUUAAAAAUAAAGUUUCCAAAAGAGUGUUUUCACAGUGAAGCCAUUGAACUACCAUUCAUUUAAACGUUUGUAAAGGAACCAUGUCUAAAUAAUUUUUUUUUCACUAUAAGUAGCCUUUUUAUAUACUUUAAUAAAAGCUCUUGGGUUAGUUAUUGGUCUGCUGGUAAAAAAGCAAGAAGAGCAACAAAAAGACAAGAAUACAAAAACUAUUUACAAAGAUAUAAACAAGGAUGAAGACAGAUACUAUCAAACCCUAUAUUUGAUAUUUAUCUAUUUUUGUUGGUCUUACAUUUGGAUCAAAACAUCCAAUACACCUCUCUCCCUGCAAUGACUGACGUCUUCUUUUCAGACUGUGUAGUUACAGAACUUAAGUCACGCUCAGAUUUUAAUGCAUUUAUUCCCAGUAUGGUGUUUCCUGUUGCGCUUUUCCCAACAGCAGUCUUCCCCAGCAGAAACAAUCUCCUCUCAUUGUUGUUGUUCUCAGCAGAUGUUUGUCUUUCUAGAAAUGUGUCUGUCUCUGUUCCUGACAGAAAAUAAGAUUAAAUAACCACACUGAUAUUAGAGAAAUAAUUAUUCUGUAUAGUUAGACUUAACAGUAUUGACGUAACACAUUACUGCUUAUACUGACUUGAAACAUGCGAAGUGUUUUAUUAUUAUUAUUAUUUAUCCAGGUGUUCUUCAUGAGCCAGCCUGGUAGAUAAUGUUCAACCAUCUCAACAUUGCUUUUGUCUUCUGCAGUGAAUCUGUCAGACUUGAUCACUAGCAGAUAGACAUGUAGAACUCUGGAAAAAAAGACAGCUGCAAAAACAAGUUGAAAAACUGAAAAAUAAACCAGGCUGGGUGAUUCAGUGAUAGUUUCCAAAGCACCAAAGAGGAGUGUCAACAAUAUCUUACAUUUUUAGUUCUGUCAUUUCUGUUUAACGGGAAUCUGUUUGACUGGAAUUACAGUAUUUUGCUGGCAAAAUGAAAUAAACAUGGAAAAGAAAAUGUUUACAUGUUUACUAAAUUAAUC